UAGAAAGUGUAAGAAAGCAGGCCAAAGUCACAGUUACCCAGGACUUUACACUUCUCCGGUUUAGAUACAUUUAGUCAGUAUAGCACAGUACAUAGCUUGCCAUUCUAGGAAACAAAGAUACUAACAGAAAGACAUACAAUGCCCCCUGUUUUGAGGUCGACAAGAUCGAAUCCACGUCGAAAAUCCAAAACAAUGGCGAAUCAUAUUCUUUCAAGUAUUAUCACACAAGAAAUGAACCGAAUGAAUGACAACGAUGAUCAUGAUACUGUCCACAUCCUUGAAAGGCCUAGGAAAAUGACCUAUUCUACAAGUUCUAGUAGUGGGGAGGACAUCGAUAUCUCACCCCAGCCAAGUACAAGUAAUGGUGCUCAAAAUGUAUCCAGGGAAGUGUUGGCAAGGAUCGAUUUAAAUGAAUUUUCAAUCGAGUCUAUAUCGGUGAGAGAUAAGCCCUUUGAAAACUUUCUUCUAGACUUCUCCCUGACUCACGGCAUUAGACCCCAAGAAAAUGUGCAAGAAGCCGUCGACCAAUGGAUUCAAAUGACAACCAGGCAACAAGAAGAAUAUAAUGCCGAUAAUUAUGUGCUGAAAUUAUUCACCCAAGUUCACAAUCAGAAUGAGAUUGUCGAUGCAAUCGGGAUUCAUUGGCCAAGGGUGUCGAAACCGAAGAUAAAAGCGACCCGAGGGCUGCGUAAGCCCGUUAAGAGGUUAAAUCCAAGAGAUCGCGGGGCGGUGUCUCCAAAAUUAUCGUUUCGACGAACAGGUAGUUCCUGGGCCUUUAAAAAUUUCCUUCGCAAAAUCCGUAAAACCGAUCCCGGCCUUUUAGCCGUGGAGGCCACGUCGCUGUGGCGAAAAAUGACUCGUUCUCAAAAGCAACUCUUUAAAAUGGCGAGCGCUGAUCGCUUGAAAAAGUCUCGAAGGAGUGCGGAACUUUGUAAGAAACUAAUGGCAACCAAAUCCAGAAAUGCUGCCAGAUUGCGGAGUCCCAGACGCCCUUCACGAUCACUGCGGAAAAAUUUCAUCGAUUCAGAAAGCAGCUGUGAUGUUGGAAAUCGCCAACUAGAAGUUUGGACAGACAGAGGAACGUCUGCAUUACCGCAAAGAUGGAGUUCCUGGCCGAGUUUGGAAUACAUUGCGAGGGCGAUAAAUAGAGUAAAAAGUUUUUUUAGUUAAAUAUUUCGUUUUCAAAAUUUUAGACUAGAAAUUAUCAAAUGAUAAAACGACAAAAAAAAUUUUUUGUUAAAAA